UGAUAAAUAUUUGUGGAUAAACAGUCGUCGUAAACGAACACCUGAUGAGGCACGUGAACACCACAUACAUAAUAAUGAUCGCAGGCGUGAAAUUGCAUUGAGGGACGAGGUAUUUUCGAAAUUUAUCUGGUUCUUUCACUUAAAAAGUUACAGAAACCAUGGCAUCUCGCCGAGCAUUGCACUUCGUUUUUAAGGUCGGCGAUAGAACAAAAACUGCUGAGUUCUACCGGGAAGUGCUUGGAAUGCAGUUUUUGAGACAUGAAGAAUUUGAAGAAGGAUGCAAGGCUACAUGUAAUGGGCCAUACGACGGCAAGUGGAGUAAGUCAAUGGUGGGCUAUGGGCCGGAGGACGGCCAUUUUGUGACAGAGCUGACUUACAACUACGGCAUCAAAGACUACAGGCUGGGCAAUGAUUUUCAGGGUAUCACCAUACAGUCCAACAAGGCUGUGGAGAAUGCGCGUAGUAAGAACUGGCCCUUGCUCCCUGUGUCUGAUGGACUCUACAGCGUGGAAGCCCCUGGUGGAUAUAAGUUCUUUCUCUUGGACCAGCCACUACCAGAUGGAGGUAUGCCCAAGCGGGAAAGAUCAUUUCUUGCUGUGAAUAUAACCACAGAUUAUUGGACCAAGCUUUGUGGCAUGACACUCUAUGAACAGACAACAAAUACAGCAUUACUGGGUUUCGGUGACAGUCAGUGUAAACUGGAACUCAGGGACAUGGGAGGUGAGAUCGAUCGAGGCACUGCGUAUGGACGCAUCGCGUUCUCCUGCCCCCGAGACCAGCUGCCAGGUAUUGAGAGUUCUAUGAAGGAGGCUGGUCAGACCAUUGUCACACCGUUGAUCAGUUUGGACACACCGGGAAAAGCCACUGUUGAAGUUGUCAUUCUUGCUGACCCGGAUGGCCUAGAGAUCUGUUUUGUUGGGGAUGAAGCUUUCCGGGAACUUUCACAAGUCGACCCCAAAGCCGACCAACUGCUGGAUGAAGCAAUCAAGGCAGACAAGAGUGACGAGUAUUUCGCAAAGCAUCCAGAGAGGAAAGGAGUGGCUAAGUAAAGGAGCUCGGUCAUUUUUUAUUUUCUUUUCCUGUUAUAGCUAUCUGGAAAUUUGAUUGUAUUAUGAGAAAUUAAACUUUGUCCAGUUAAGUUUUAUUGAUACUUUGAGGGCCCAUUGUGUGCCGCUCAUUAGAAAAAUUGCAAAGCCAUUUCAUUUGUAAAGAGAUGGAAAUUGGAGAAGGCAAAAAGAAAGAAAGAAAAAAAAACAGGGUAAAAAGAGACAGACAAAAAUUGAUGAUAUUGGUCAUCUUAACUUGUCAUGCUGCACCUCUAGAGGGCAGUAUAAUGGUUUGGAAGAAGACAGAACUGUUGACAGAUGAAUGUAGACAGAGUCGUAUUGGGUACAAAAUGGCUCCUCGAUGAAAAAGUAGGAGUGAGAUAAGUGCAUACGGUGAUUGUUGGAUCAAGGAAGCCAUUUUGUGUCCAGGUUUCAGUAUUGACUCACGGUUGCAGCUGUGGUGCUGCUGCAGAAACCACAAUAUCUUGACCUGCCCAAGGACAGAAAUGGUAGAUAUUGCAAUAAGGGACUGUUUACAUUCAUUUUUAAACAUUUUUUUUUUGAUUCACUUAUUGAUUGAUUGAUUGAUUUGAUUGGUCUGUUUUCCUUUGUCGCACACAGUUUGUCAAUAAUGGGGUUUGUAAUGCAUUCCUUUGCCCCAUUUUUUUUGCAGUUUCAUUUAAUUUGAUUCUGUGGUAAAACUUACAAUUACAUCUGGAUUGUUUUUGUAGAUUAUUAAUACUAAUUACCCUUUCAUACUUUCAUAUUUGACUUGCACGUAUUUUGGGAAUCAAUGCAGAAAUGGCAUACAUCAUCUGGCUUAUUAUUUGCUUCGCAUUUUUAGUUAAGUUUACUCGUCAAAAACCAUAGCCAGUUUCUUGUAGCGACAUAUUUUUCUGUAGACACAAGGGACAUUAAAGGAUUGUAUUGUAUUCAAACCAUCCAGAAGAAAAUAGCUGGAAAGUAUUUUUGAAAAUCAAAGGGGCUUACUUAUAUCUCAAAGCAACUUUUCUCAAACAAGUAAGCUUUACACCCAAAACAACACUUUAAAUGUAAUUUUUAGUAAAUUACCCAAAGAAACCAAUUUUUAUUUUGAUUGUUGUUUGAAUGAAGCGGCUACUGAAUUAUAUAUUUCCAUUAACACCAACAGAAUUCAUAAUAACCCUUUCCUUCCCCUGUGUAAUGAUAUAUUCAUGUCUUUUGAACUUGGCUGCAUUUUAAAUCGUAAAAUAACUUCAACAGAUAUCAUGAAGCCUUGUGAUCGUAUUUGUUUGCCUUAGUCAAUGAAUAAAUGAUUCCAUGUACAUUGCAUUACAA